GUCGCGGGCAACGGGUGCCGCAGUAUUGGGUGGGUCAGACAACGCAACGAUCCUGUACAGGGCCACAAGGCCCUGCAUGCACCCCCAAACGCACCCUUCACGCAUAAAAUUUAAUUGAUUUUUUCCUAAUUAAGUGGAUAAGACAAAUAUACACUACACAGCGGUGUUUAAAGUGCCUAUCUAAUAUCUCUGAAUUGUAAAUAACUCGAAUAAGUUCGUGACUAAUUAUUAGUAUUACAACAAUUGAGAGCGUCCUUUCUUUCUUGGAAUGCUGGUAAGAAGGCGGAAUGUAGCUGUCAUUUUAGCCUCUGGAGCUCUAGGAGCGUAAUUUAAAACCAUGUGUGCUGAUUUCGCUAGAUUAAAGCCCUAUAGCUAAACGCUAUAACUAAUAUGGAAGUUGCAAUGCCAAUGGCCGGCAGCGCCAUAGACUGUUACGAAGAUAUGUUUAAAGAAAUUACUAGAAAGUUGUAUGGCGAAGAGACCUUGCCGGAUUUAUCUACUACAGAGAGAAUACCUUCAACUGGUACUGAUCGAGGUCUAACUCCCAUUGAUUAUGAAGUUGAUCCUCCUAUGCUUAAACCAGAAGAACACUUAACUGCUUUUGGACUUGCUGCUUUAAUGCAAAAUGGUUUUCCUGCAACAGGUAUUUUGAAUUCCACGUUUCCCACUCAUAAGUCUACUAUGAGCCUAGCCCUGGCAAAUGCUCCGCAGGAAGAAGAUAAGUGGAUUAGUAGUGAAGAGUCUCUUCAGUGGACCCAAUCCAAAGUUGCAACAUAUAACCCGUCUCAAAAACUUUUUAGAUGUGCAGACUGUGAGUCCGUAGGUUAUCUAAAUAGAGUGGCUGAGCAUUGGCUUGGCACUCAUUCUAAUUUAAGAGCUUUUCACUGCCCUCAGUGCUCAUAUGAAAGUGCAUGGGCAAGAUGCGUUAGAAUACAUCUAGGAAGACAACAUAACAUAAACAUCGACGAAUCUUGUGAUGCAUUGACCAAAGAUAACCCUGUGCUGCAGGAUAUUGUUAAGUUUCUUCAUAGGCUAAAAUCAAAAAUUGAUAACAGCAGCGGGUCAACUAAGGCGAGUUCUGCGCCUGGAAGCAACCAAACAGUAACAAGUGACGAAUUUCAAAAUAUGGCGGGAUCCAGUACAAGUCAAGGUAACUUAAGUCAGCCAAGUACUAGUGCAAUAUCAGGAAAUUCUUCAGAUGGUUCCAGUGCUACUAGUAAGCGAUACAGCUGCACCUAUUGUCCCUAUGCGACUGAUCGCAGGGAUUUAUUUACGAGACAUGAAAAUAUUCAUAGAGAAGAAAAACCAUUUCAGUGUUAUGUUUGUCAAAAACAGUUUAAUAGAGCUGAUCACGUAAAAAAACAUUUUUUAAGAAUGCAUCGAGAUCAUCCUUAUGAUCUUAAUAGAAUUAGGCGACAUCCACCUAAGAAUGCUUCAGGCAUGAGCUAUUAUCAAAAAUAUAACUCAAACUCUACUGUAGUAUCUGCACAACAGGAGGCAAUCAAUACUUUAUCUACUAUAAGCACCCUAGGUAUUUCUGGUUUUAGCGGUAUUCCGCGAACCCCCACAGUACCUGCUAUUAAGCCUCCAGAGGUAAAGACAAUACCAAUCGCAGGGAAACCAGCAACUGUAACUUCUAAAUCCGGCAAAAAAAAGGGAGAAAAACGAUUUAGCUGUUGCUAUUGUUCAUGGUCGGGAGUUGAUAACUGGUGUCUAAAGAGACAUAUGAACACUCAUUUAAAACCAUUUAUUUGUGUUCUUUGUGACUAUAAAGCUGCAAGAUCUGAAAGGCUCGCCACACACGUCCUAAAGGUCCAUAAUAAAAGAGCAUGUGGAAAAUGUAACUUCUUAGCUGAUGAUUUAGCACAAAUGACAGCACACCAACAGGAGCAACAUCCACUGGAGUCAAGAAAUAGAGCUCUAACGGGCAUGCCUUCUGGUUCGGUAACAUCGAGCAUACCUACCAACACAAGUAAUAUACUCCGGGCUAAUGGUUUUAACAGGGGUUCAUCUCCACCAUCAGCUACCAUAACAUCUAGCUCUGCUGCUAGUAAUUCUAGUAGUAGUAGCGGUACAUCCAUAAACAAUACGCAACCUCAAAGCAUUCUGAAGUCUACAGAUCUGACCACUGCGGCCGCUCAAAUUCUUCAUCACAACCGUUUUCUCCAGACUGAGGUUAAAUCUUGGAAAAGUCCACUUCCAAAGCAACAUGGAGCAGCGCGACUCUUUAGUUAUAUGGAAGCCAGUGAUGGUUCUGAUCAAGAAUCUGAAGCUCAAGCAAGAAGCAAUACAACACCUGCAAAUAUGACAACUAGGGUCAACCUAACUCACCGUAUCCAAUCGGAUUUUCUUGAGGCGGGAGGUGUGGAUCAAAGUCAACAAGAAGCAGAAGAACAAAUAGUUAGUGAAGAAACGGAGCUCCCUUUGUUCGUCUGCCAGUCGUGUGGUUGUGAAUUUGAAGAUGAUCUCUCGUUAGAGACACAUCAAAUUACUCAUCGUCACGUCGCCACAUCUCCCGUGAAAAGUGAAGAUAUCAAGGAAAAUGUAGAUCCCUAUAGAAAAUAUUCUUGUAAGCUUUGCGACGCCUCAUUUGAAAGUCAAAAUAGUAUUAUUGCACAUAUGGCAGUACAUACUAAUUUAGCAACGAAACCUGUGGUUCUGCCAACCCCUAUAAGCUACUCUAAGAGAAGUAGAAAGCAAAGCAAGCCUAAGAAGGUAGUAGUGCCCUACUGGGAAUCUGAUGAAGUAGAGGUCCUAAGACAUCUUAGUGGUAAGCUACGAAAGUGGAAGGGGUAUCUCUCAACUGAAAAUUCUGGUGGAAUAAGUAAACUUGUAGAUAAAUAUAUGGCACAAUUAGUAACCCGCAGAGGUUUGACAUGUAAGAUUUGCCGAAAUGCUGGUAUAAGUCGAUACCAUACGAAAGCUUCUUUAACAUUGCAUCAUUAUUGGAAGCAUUCUAGAAGAAGAUUUCCUUGUGAACAUUGUAAUAUGACAUUUAAGCAUCGAUAUCAAACUAUUUUACAUUCAAGUAGGGUUCAUACUGAGCAACCAGUAACUCCACAAGUAUUACCCCCGCCAGUACCUCCACACUCUAAUAAAAUUAAUGUAAUAAGUAACCUUACCGUUCAAUUGCCACAAAUUAAAGAGCCUACACAUAUUUCUUUAGAAAAUGUCUCUGCCACGGAUUUAAACUCUUUUACCAAUUUUUUUAAUAGUUCACAUAAUAUUGCUGUACCUGAUGCUAUGUCAAACGCCCACAAACUUGGGAUGUCAUUUUUUGACCAUUCUUUUAUUCAAAAUAAUGUUGUUAAUAAUCAUAUGCCCAUUAUUAUUCCAGGUUUCCAACCGAAUUAAGUGCUGACAAUGUUGAGAGAGAUAGAGAGAUUCAAUAUUUUUUCACUAUCAGCCUUAUAUUUAUUUUUGUGCAUAAUUUUUGAAAAUUGUUUAAGGCAGGGUAUUUUAAUUAUUUUUAAUAUUUAUUUAGGUAGAUAGAAUUAAAUAGGUAGAUGAGGAACAAAAUACCUAAACAAGUCACCAUUUUUCUUCUCUAAAAACGUUCUUUGAAUAUUUUAUUGUUAAUCUACGUCAGAAGCUCUUCAAUUUAGACAUUUCGUAAUACAUAGUAUGUUUUUUUGGAGUACUGAAUAAAAUAAUUGAUCAAAAAGUGACCUUUCAAAUAAAGUUGAAUGAAGAUAAAGCUCUUUUAAAUUAUUAGUAUUACCGAAUAUUUAAAAUAUAUUUUAUUAUUGUAGCAUACUAAAAACAUA